UACAUGCCGUAGAGCAUAACACAAAACAUUUUUGAAACUAUCAUUUAGUCAAAAAGAUUUGAACCCAUUUAUUGGCCUAACCGCUCCAACCAACCCGACCCGACUCCAUAGUUUCCGCGCGAAACCUGCAGAUGAAAAGUCCACCAAAACAUGGUGCAUGAAGCAGAAAGUCAGCAAUUCGCAUCUCGUCACUUUACUGGGUACUCAGUGAGUGACUCAGUGAGUGAGAAUUGUGAGAAAGAAAUUAAUGGUGGUGUUGUUUUGAUGUUGUUCAUGGAUGAUUCUUCUCAGGAGUUUGACUUUGGAAAAAACCCUCGGGAAGUGUUUUGCGAUCCAAAAAAAAAAAAUAUUAUUCAAAAAAUUCCAUGGACGGUCUUCUCUCGCCUGGAAUCUCGCUUUCUCCCCACUCUCUCCAUCUGCUUUCUUUAUGCUCACAUUCUGCCAAAUCUCCUUUUUCCCUCACUUUCUCAUCCUCAUUUUCUACGCUAUGCCUUCACUUUAGAUCCACGACCACCCCCUCUGGAAAUUAUAUUUCUUUUAUUUUAAAUUUUUUCCUCUUUUGUCCGUUGCCUUUGGCGUACUCUUCAAAAAGAUCUCUUUCACGGAUUUUUCAUGAAUUUUCUGAUCAUCUCGCUCCUUUACGAUCUUUGCAUUACCGAGGCGUUUUGAAUUAUUUUCCUUUUCUAAUAUUUUCUUCUUCUGAGUAAUGGGUUUGUUUGGGGAUUAGCUAUUUAGUAAUUGAAAGCCCCAGAGGAUAUUCGAAGGUGCAGUGGAGAAAAAAUAAAAAGUAAAAAGUUGUGUCAUUUUGAGAAUUUGGAAUUGGGUGUUUGUGAUAUGUCAUCUGGAUUCAACUCUGGUGCGGUUCAAGGUCUUGACAAUGAGGACCUUCCAAUUAGCUCUGUGAAUGAUGCAGGGACAACAGGUGAAAGGGCUAAUGGAGGCUACGCAGUUCAUAAUGGUAUUGGGAUACAAGGAAACGCCUCCAUUAUCAAUGUCCCAGCAAAUGCAGAACGUAGAGCUUUGGUUGACAGAUUCUCUAGAGGUAGACCAGUACCCGGUGAUAGCGUUAGUAUUUUGGUUUAUGGGGAUGAAAAGCGUGAACAUGGAUCUGGAACAAAAUCCAGUCCUCUUUUAUCAGGGACAGCAUACUGCUUUUCUUCAUGCAGCAUGAUACUGCUGAAUAAAGUUGUUCUCUCAAGUUAUAACUUCAAUGCAGGAAUAUCGUUGAUGUUUUAUCAAAAUUUUAUCAGUUCUGUUAUUGUUAUUCUUUUGGGCUUAUGCGGAGCAGUUUCAGUGGAAAAACUCAAUUGGAAGCUGAUUAGGGUCUGGAUUCCUGUCAAUGUAAUUUUUGUUGGCAUGCUUGUAUCAGGCAUGUAUAGUGUAUUUUUCCUUGCCAGUUUGAAAUACAUAAAUGUUGCAAUGGUGACAAUUCUGAAGAAUGUGACAAAUAUUUUAACAGCACUUGGAGAAUUGUAUAUGUUUCGGAAACAUCAGAAUCAGAAAGUAUGGACCGCCAUGUUUUUGAUGAUUAUCUCUGCUAUCAGUGGUGGUAUUACAGACCUUUCCUUUGAUGCUGUAGGUUACUCAUGGCAGAUUAUAAAUUGUGUUCUGACAGCAACCUACUCGCUAACUUUACGGCGAGUCAUGGACGAAGCAAAAAAACAAACAAAAUCAGGAUCUCUUAAUGAAUUUUCAAUGGUCUUGCUGAAUAAUUUGCUGUCUCUACCUUUUGCCAUCUUCUUGAUUCUCCUGUUUGGGGAAUGGGAAUAUGUGGUAAACGUGGAUGUUGCCAAAUUGCCAAUGUUCUGGGUUGUUGCAACAGCUAGUGGUUUGCUUGGGCUAGCCAUCAGCUUCACCUCUAUGUGGUUUCUACAUCAAACUGGCCCUACCACUUAUAGUUUGGUGGGUUCCUUGAACAAAAUUCCCAUAUCUAUUGCUGGUACAGUGUUAUUCAAGGUGCCAAUCAGUCUAUCCAACUUGUUCAGUAUACUAUUCGGUUUAUUUGCUGGAGUAUUCUUUGCCGGGGCCAAAAUGUCCUGAUUUUGAAGUCAGACCAACUUCUAACGGUCAAUGAGCCGUCUGCAUGAUCAGAUCAAAGAAACUGACUCGAGCACACGGUUCCCAGACUUGAAAGAAGGGAAUGCCAUUUUGUUGUUGUUUUUACAAUACUUUCAUAACUUGUAUUUGAAUGGUUUAGGAGAUUCAUAAUUAUAAUAUAUAUACUAUCAACAAGAUUUAUUUA